AUGAGAGGGAUCCUUGUUGAUUGGUUAAUUGAGGUGCAUUACAAGUUUGAGCUGAUGGAAGAGACCCUUUACCUCACAAUCAACCUCAUAGACAGGUUUCUUGUGGUUGCUAACCAUGUCCCACGGAAAAAGCUUCAGCUUGUGGGUGAGAAGUUAAUGGCGAAUACCUUGCAAUUCAAUUUCUGUCUGCCUACUCCGUAUGUGUUCAUGAGGAGGUUUCUGAAAGCUGCACAAUCUGACAAAAAGGUGGAGCUUCUAUCAUUCUUCAUCAUAGAGCUUUGCUUAGUGGACUACGAGAUGCUUCAGUACACUCCUUCUCAGUUAGCUGCUUCAGCGAUCUACACUGCUCAGUCCACUCUUAAAGGCUUCGAGGAGUGGAGCAAGACCUGCGAGUUCUACUUAGGCUACAACGAAGAAAAGCUUCUGGAGUGUUCGAGGAAGAUGGUUGGCUUGCAUCACAAGGCUGGGACAGGGAAGCUAACAUGUGUUUACAGGAAAUACAACACAUCCAAGUUUGGUUAUGCUGCAAGAACUGAACCUGCUGGUUUUAAGGCCCUUUGCGACUUGAGUGAUGGCCGGAGACAUGAGUAUCAGGUUUCAACAAUUGAUAAACCUAAUUAA